GGCGCAGGGCAAACGGUCGGCGCGGACGAAUUUGAGUUUCCAUUGAACCGACAGAGGCAGAGUUGGGGGUGUGUGGAUUGUGUUUUUAAACUUUUUAGCAAUGUAGACAUGGCGACGCUGCUAAACUUGUCGGAUUCGGACAGUUCGAAUCUGAGCGACCAGUCUGUCGGAACUCGGAACAGCAACCGGAGUCUGAGAAUCGCAGAACAGGAGAGGAGGAAGAACGAGGCGGAGGAGCCCUUCGUUUUGGCCUUGAAAUAUUUCUCUGAAGUGGAAGCAGGCACUCCUGUAACUGGAAACGAUGAGCUGGAGAACAAUCUGGUGCAGGUGGAGAAAGUGGCGUUCAGCAGGGGUUUGUCCCCAGAGGCCAUUUCUGUCAUGCUCGACUUUGCUAUGAGCCUACGCAUGGGGACCAGUCCAUGUGCACGGGUGUUGAAGUGUCUGCUUCCCGCUUCAGUGGUGCCACAGAAGGCUGUGGUCCAAGCCAUAGUUUGGCUCACUGUUCGGAAAUUACCCAUCAGCAGUCAGGUUUUAUUUAUAAAAUGGGUGCUGACUGUUUUCGACAUGAUCGAUGCGAAGGACAAGCUUCGAGCCAUUUAUGGCUUCAUCUUCAGCUUCGUCACAGAUGAAAAUCUGUGCCCUUUCAUUUGCCACUUGUUGUAUCUUUUAACUACAAAGGAAAAUGUGCGUGUCUUCAGAGUCAGGAAGCUACUGGAGCUGCAGUCUAAACUAGGAAGGCAGCCUUACCUGCUGUACCUUCUGUCUCUCUAUAAAGUGUUUUGCCCUGAGCUGGUGACGCUCUCCAUGCCAUCCCGGAUGAAGAGUGGGUUUAAGAAUCACAUUUCCCCCUGGAAGACGGCUCUAAUCAGAGUCCAGAAGAGGAACAGCGUGCAGGUCGCCUCCAGCAUCAGUCUGGCCUUCACUGUCAGAGAUAAGACCGCCUCUCGGAAAAGGAAACACGCCCACCUGGAGCUGCCAUCUCUGAGCCCCGUCACCAUGAAGGAGCCCCAGGCGGCGCAGAGCUCCAGUAGGAAGCUGGUUCCUCUGCAGCAGAUCCAGUCCUUCGCUCAGCUGCUGCAAAACAUGCAUCGCAUCGAGCUGCCGGCUCAGAUGGGCUCUCUGCUGGGUUCCAGGCUGGCUCUGCAGUACCUGGACUGCGUGCAGGAUGAGUCGGCCCUCCUGCGACUCAACUUCUGGCUCGGCUAUGCUCUCCAUGAAGAGUUUUUGUUCUGCAGCGAUGGAGGAGCCAAUAAGAACCCGGAGGAAGCGCUACAGGUUUUAAACCGGCUGCUGUCGGCACAGCACUUCCUGCAGGAGGGGUUUAACAGCUCUGACGCCUUCCUGUACAAAUUCCUGAACGUUUGGGACGGAUCUCUACUGCGUCCUCAGAUCCUCGGCCUCCUGAGCAACAUUCCCGUCAUUCCGAGCUCCCAAAUCAAGACGUUGCUGUUCGAUCCUCUCAUGCAGCUUUUCUUCACGUCCUCGCUGUUUUUUAAGUGUGGACUGAUUGAAUGUUUAAACCACAUGCUGUUAAAAUGGCUGACCUGGCACUCUGCGUACGCUCUGGAAGAUGACCUGGACAUCAGCCUCAACAGCCACACGUCCAUAAACAUAACCCUGUCAGGGUUCAAGGACUCUGUGAUGGAGCUGGUUCACUUCGUGGGUCGGCUGGCCUCCCUGGGCCUCCAGCUGGAGGGCUGCCACUCUCUCUUGCUCAGCUUCAUUCUGGAUUUCUAUGAGACAGUUUGUGACACUUUCCUGAAGUUUGGUCUUCCCCUCGUGGUCAUGCCUCCUCUAGGAGUUUUUUAUCCGGCCUUUUUCGCUGCCGACCCAGUCAGCGUGGACAGACUGGCCUUCAUCAUGCACAGGUACAAAGUGAACCUGAUGUCUGCCAAGAGGCAGGAGAAAGUGACUGAGCAGGCUUUUCACAUCAGCCGCCAGAUUUUCCGGGAGUUUAACCGCUACCAGGUGUUCAUGGUGAAUUGCCUGUGGAACUCCAACCUGUGCUAUCCAGGAUCAGACGUGCAUCUGUCGGACGAGCUGCUCGCCAAGAGCGGCGUGCCGCAGUUCUCGACGCGCUUCGACCUCAUCCACCACCCGGCCUUCGUGAGCUACGCUCUGGACUUCCACCACAAGUGUUGGCCCGACAGAAAAGACACGGACCUCAAUUCCAUCAAGCAAUCCAAGCCGUGGAGCUGGUACCUGGAGUAUCUGUUCACCCAGGGCUUCGACGGCCUUAAAGACUUUUUGCAGAAUAACAUCAGCCGGAGGGUGACGAUGGCGGGCGACGGGCGCGACGACGUGACGCAGAGCCAGGAGCUCGGAUCUGCGCCGCAGAUGAAACAACCACUAUUAUCUUAAGGAUUUGUUUUAAAAGACAUGUACAUACUUAACCCUUUCUGCUUCCUGCAAGUCCUUCUCGUGUACAUAUUUUUUAUGAUGCUUAUGCACUUUUAGUUGUUUACAAGGCAUGCUAAUAAAGUGUUUAUUUUA